CUGCUUCUCUUGUUAGACCAGUUACUUUUGAAAGUGCUUCUGAAGAGUGACGGACCAACAAAGAAAGAGGGAGGGAUAAGAAUAGAGUGUGGAAACCAUACUGGAGCAGAGAGAAAAAAGAUGAAGAUGGCUACCUGAGGACGAUUAAUGCAGCUAUAAUUUAGUGUCAAUAUCUCAAAUUGAGGGUUUUGAACACUGCAUUUGUGUGUGUGUGUGUUUGGAUGAGAAAUUAUUAUUAGAAGUGUUAAUGCAGAUACACCUUGAUACAAUGAAAGCAUCAUGAGCUACAGAGGGUGAGAUGCCAUACCACCCAGAUGAAAAUGAUCUGAAGGUCAAGAGGAUGGAUGGAGGGAUGGAGAAACUGAAGGAUGUGGAAAAAGAUAAAGAAAGUGAUGCUGGGGAUGGAUUUGGGAGACAAAUUGCAGAUGCAUCUGUCAGCCACCAGAAGGCAGCAGACAAACAUAAAUUCCACAGUGUGGGUCAUCAGAAAAAGAAACUGAAGGUGCGACCAGUUGCAACAUUGGGUAAGGGGUUUCAGAAAUCUAGAGGACCUCAGAUUCAGGAUCUGUUCAGUGAGCGCCCUGAUAAGACUCCCAUACAGGAGGAGAAAGGCAGUGCUGGUGGAGGCCAGACACUAAUGGAGAUGUUGAAACAGACUCUGCAGUCGUUCCCUGUGCCUGAUAAGCUCAAUUGGUGGUCCAGGGAAGGAGACAAAGCUGAAGUCUUUGAGAAGAGCUGGACCGAUAUAGUACACUCUCACAAGACAAUGGAAAAGACGCAGAGACACCAGCAGGAGGCGCUGUGGGAACUUCUACAUACUGAAUUCAUCUACAUUAACAAACUCACCAUUGUCACUGAUCUUGUUCUUGCUGCACUGGAGCAUGUUCAUCGACACGGAUUCCUCCAUGAGGUUACCUCUGCCCAGCUCUUUUCUAACAUACCCUCCAUCCUUGAUGCCCAUAGGCACUUCUGGUGGGAAGUGAUGUACCCUAUGUUGCAGAAUGUCAGAUUGACUGGCCAACCUUUUGACCCUUUAAAGCUUGAGCCAGGAUGUUUGCAGUUUGCAGAUCGUUUCUCUGCGUAUUUGGAUUAUUGUUGGGAGGAGGAGAGAAAUCUGGAGUUCACACGCAGACAGCUGGAAACAAACCCACAAUUUAGCACUUUUCUAAUUUGGGUGGAGACUCAUCCCCAAUGUGGGCGAAUGCGGCUGGGUGACAUGCAGGCAAAGCCCCACCAGAGGAUCACAAAAUACCCCCUGCUUUUAAAGGCUAUCCUGAAGGCUACACAGGACCCAUAUACACAGCAAGCACUUAACCGCAUGAUAAACAGUGUCGGUCAGUUUCUGGACAGCAUCAAUGACUACUUGCUCCUUAAGGAUGAUGAGCUGGCACUCCUUGAUCUGUCCCAAAAGAUAGAGGGAUAUGAAUUACACGGGAUGAGUGAAGAAAUUGAAAAGCACAUGCGGGAGUUCUGCCGCUUCGAUUUAACUACGCCUAUACAGGGCACGGGACCCAAAGUGAUACGCAAACUUAUAAUGGGAGAGACCCUGAAGGUUAGAGGAAGAAAGGACAGUAAGCUGGAGGUGGUGGUGCUGUUGUUUACUGAUGUGCUACUGCUGACGAAAACCCAGAAGAAAUCAGAGAAGCAGAAGGUUGUGCGCCCCCCACUGUCUCUGGAGAGAAUACACUGUGCAGAACUCAAGGAUGGCUACUCUUUUGUCUUGCUGGAGGUGAGUGAUCUCGGUUGCCCUGUCAGUGUGUACAGUGUUUCUACUCCCAGUCCAGAAAGCUGUACAGCAUGGACCACUACAAUCCACCAAGCCCAGGAAGCCUUGAAGUCUUUACGAAAAAUGGAGACAAGAAAACCCGAGGAGCCCAGUGAUCAGAUUCUAGAGGAGUCAGAUCAAUUGUUUCAUGCCAGUAUGGUGAACAUCAGUGAUACAGAGGAACAGUUAGAGUACAAAAGUCAUUUUGGUUCUCGUAGGUUUACUACUGUACAGUUAGAGCAAGAAGAGGAGAAUUUGCAUAACCAGCAUGUACAUUCACAUUUUCUAAGCAAACAAAUGAAAAACGGAGACAAAAAAUAUAAACACAACAUGACACAAGAAACUGAAAGGAGAGAGAGAGGUAAAAACGGGUAUUGUGAAAGCAGUGAUAUUUUGAGUAAUCCUACAAUUGAAAGACGGGUAACAUGGAAUCAUAAAGUGCAAUCGCAUAAAAAUUCCACUGCCUUUCCACAAGAAGACUUAUUCCACAACGAAAGCAAUAAGUCCACCGGUCCACAUCAUUUGUUAGUCGGUGGAUUAAGGGAAAACCAGUUGUCAUCCAGUGGACAAUUUUUAUUACCGAGUAAAUUUGAGUCUUCAAUCAGUGUCCCACAGCAGCAGUCACAGAAACCAGAUCUGCGACAGGAUUCUUGGUCCCACCAAUCAGGUGAUGAAAACGAGUCACUCUCAGAUUCAUGGACAUUCACAAGAAUAUUAAAUUCACCAAGGUUACGAAGGAAACGUCCCAUGUAUUCUCAGCCGUCUGUUCCCCUCCAGGGCCCCAGGAGAAUGUCAGCUGAUGCGGGAUCAUCCAACUCGGUCUCAGAUUCUGAAGAGAUCCAUAAUGUUCGGAGACCAUCUAAUACAUCUAUCAAAACCCAGGACCACCUUGUGCUUAAGAUGGCCUCUGUAAAGCAGAACCGAGGUGUGUUCUGGAAUGUUCCUUAUGAGAGGUCAUCAGAGUCUGAGUCUGAACUGCCAACAGAGACACAUAAUCAGAACUCUCAAAAAAUACCCAAAAUGAAAGCGCAGAGGAAUGAUUCCUUACAUGAGCUACAGUCCUCCCCUCUGCAGGGCCUGCUGAAUAGGGCUAAUGAGCGAGAGAAGGAGCGUGGAAUAGCAAAAAGAGAGGGGAAGCAUUUAGAAAAGUCUUCUCUUCAGAGUUCCCACAAUGAUCGCACCACUCCAUCACCCUCACCAAGAGAAACAGAGAAAGAAGCAGAAGCAGAGGAGCAAGGGACAUUCAGAGCAAGAUGGUUUGACCCUCAUACAGGGACGGAAACCAGAGUGAACAGCAGUGGCAAUGAGAGGAAAAACAGACCUGUCACGCCACUGGGUGUAACUGUGGACUGGCCAGGCUGGUGCUUCGAUGAUGAGGAUGUGCUGGAGUUCACUGAUCUUGAUGAUGAAAAAUCAGACUGGUUUGAACAGACCCUAACUAUGACAGAGCUCCGGAAAACACCAAGGCAUAGCGAAGCAGAUUACAGUGAGGUUUAAUGCCACAAACAUUUUCUUCUUGCAAUGAGAGAAACAGCUAGAAUGGGUUACCUGCAGCACAGUGUGUAGUAAGAUAUAGCUACCUCGGGGCAGAAUGUAGUAAAGCCCACUGCAGUAGCCAUUGUAUAUAGUAGUUUCUUAUGUGUAUAGUUACAGUUACAGUGUCCAUUAAAAAUUGUGAAUCUUUUACAAUCUUCUGUAUUUCUGCACAUAAAGUCUUAAAGUUAGAUGAAGAUUGUGCAAAUCCCUUAUAGCUUCUACAUUUAUUUAUUGAUUUAUUGUAUGGGUUAAUUUAAAAGUCUGGAGUUCACAAACUUCCUAACAGAACUGUAAGUACAAUGUUUUCUAUUUACUGUCUAGUAACUAAAUAUUUUGUCAGGUUUGACAGAUGUUAAUUCUUUAUCGUAAGUAACCAAAAAGCCGCAGAGUGUGCAUUAUUAGUGGUGGAGCGGUGGAGGCAAAAAUAAAUAAAUGAAUUUCCAGGCAAUAAUCUCUUCUCAAAAUUUUACCCUUUUAACUGCUCAGAUUAGACUACACGGCUUCCUUUUAUAGGCUGUGCUGUACCCUAUGUCCAGCCUUACUAAAUGAACACUAAAAUCAUUUAAUCAAACAAGGUUCACUAAGUUGAACCAAUAUAAUUCAAAUGAUUUCUCUUUAAUUGCCAUAUCUAAUACUAUAGCUUUUGACAACAUUCAUACAUUUGGCAAAUGGAUUUUCAGUAAUAUCAGUAUAUAGCAGCUACUAUGUAACUACGAUUUUAUGUUGGUAUCCAGUUAACAAAGCACUCAGACAUGAGAUGAAUGCUUUCCUGACAAAGAUGCAUGUAAUGUGCAGUAAUAUUGUGCCUAUAGUGUAAUUUAGCAGCAAAGGGUGUACAGUUGCAUGUAGUCUUACCCAAGCACCUCUGCACUCAAGCUGGAUUCUUAAGAACAUGAUGUAAGAACUGCUAGCAAAAUUUUGAUGGAAAAAGAAAUAGCCAGUUUCUUGUUUUGACUGUGAUGUGAAUAUUUUCUUAUAACAUGCCCACCAUUUGCGUUAACUGUCUCCUACUUCUUGUGCCCCACCCACUCAUUUUCCUCCACCCAGUUUUGUUCUAACUCUGUUAGAGUGCUUGGCCAGUCUUCUAAACAUAUGUGUUAUAACUGUCAAAUUUUAUGCAAUUAUCUUCAAAUCAGCUCAGGUUGAGAGUCAUCGCAAGCUGUUUUUCCUAUUCAGUUGGUUUUAUGUCAAGGAAUACUUUUUCGUUUUUUAUUUAUUUUUUUUAUUUUUUGCAUUUGGUUAUAGAAGGCACAUGUUAUUUGAUGUAACUCUAUUUAUGUGAAUCUGUAAAAAUGUAUACAUUCAUGAGUCUGGAGUCAUGCAGUGUGAAUAAAGCAGAGCAAAUCAUCAGUGAUAUGAGACUUUGCAGUCACAGUUAUCUAUCACUGAAUAUCUCAUUGAUCUUAACAGAAAUAUAGUUAUAUAGUAAUAUAUAUUUUCUCAGUGGUGUCUUUGUUGGAGAUUUUUUUUAAAGACACUACAAUGUAUGUGGCAUGUGCUGUAAAAAGGAAUAAUGGAAAAGAAUCUGUAAAUAUGUAUAUUAUUAUAAUAAUACAUGUACUUUAUUGAAGUAUAUUAUACAGUGUCAUACAUUAGGAUCAGCAAUAAAACAAUGUGUAGUU